CUCUUGUCCCCCCAUCACCCAAAACAAGGAAAAAGGCGAGAGAGAGAAACCUCGCCCACCAGCAAUGGCGUCGCUGGAGUGAGGCUUCCAGAAACCCUAACCCUAAUUUCGGACCUCUCUCUCUCUGGGAGGAAGGUUCAGGCAGGGUUCCUCCCCGGCUUGGCUUUGCAAUUUCUGGUCGAGAUAUAUCUUUUGGUUCUGGACGUUCUAAUUUGACGGGAGGUGGUUAGGGUGGGGGAGGUGAGGGAUUUUGAUGAGAAGGAGUUGAAGGACCAGAAUUUGGGGGGGAUGGGAACGUCGUCCGGCGCGAGCUUCCAGCCUCAGAUGCCGCCUCCGCGGCUGGCGAGCGGGCUGCAGACUUCUCUCUCGCUCGCCUCCUCCGAGGCUGGCUUUAGUGAUCCGCCGGAGCCGGCGUCGAACUCCGAUCCGGGGCAGGGCUCGGCGACCGAGAGCGCCAGCUCGAGGGAGACGUGGUCUGCGCACAACAGCAGGGGUGAGGCGACCGGCGGCGGUGGUGCAGAGCUGUCCUCCGGCGGGAAGCGGGUGGCCGAGAAGGAGAGGGAGGGCGUUGAGGAGGAGAGCAACUACCGGGCUGCGGAGCAGGCGGUCGUUCGACGGGUGGCGAGCUCGGACCGGAUUUCGCUCCGGGAUGUCGCCAAGGAGCGGGUGGAGGUGGUGGCGGAGCGGAUGCAGGCGAUGCCUGAGGAGCUACUCGAGGAGUUCAGGGGCGAGCUCCGGUCUAUUCUGGAGGGCACCGGGGGGCCGCAACAGCGGGAAGAGUUCCUAUUCUUGCAGAAGCUUGUCCAGGGGAGGCUGGACCUCACGGCGAAGUCUCUGGUUCGAGCUCAUCGGGCACAAUUGGAGAUCUUAGUAGCCAUCAACACCGGGAUCCAAGCAUUCCUCCACCCUACCAUCUCCCUCCCCCAGUCGUUCCUGAUUGAGAUAUUCACCUACAAACGAUGCCGCAAUAUUGCCUGCCAGAAUGCGCUUCCUGCGGAUGACUGCUCCUGCGAGAUUUGCACCACCAGGAAUGGCUUCUGCAAUGUCUGUAUGUGUGUGAUCUGUAGUAAGUUUGAUUUCGAAGUGAACACUUGCCGGUGGGUCGGUUGCGAUUCGUGCUCUCAUUGGACUCAUACCGACUGUGCCAUCCGUGGGGGUCAGAUCACUAUGGGGCCGUCCCGCAAGGCCGGGGCAGCGUCCUCUGAGAUGGUGUUUAGAUGUCAAGCUUGUAACAGGACGUCGGAGUUGUUGGGGUGGGUAAAGGACGUGUUCCAGCAGUGUGCGCCACGGUGGGAUCGGGAAGCACUGAUAAGGGAGCUUGAUGCUGUCAGCCGGAUCUUCAGGGGGAGCGAGGACUCAAAGGGACGGAAGCUUUUCUGGAAGUGCGAGGAACUUCUAGACAGGUUGAAGAAUGGAGUUGCGGAGUCUGCUGUCUGUAAAGUGAUGUUGCUUUUCUUUGAAGAGAUAGAGAUGGAGGGGGCUAAGAAUCCUGAAGCUGAAGAGUCUGGACGGCUGAUAUCACCACAAGAGGCUUGCAAUAGAAUAGCAGAAGUGGUACAGGAGGCAGUGAAGAAAAUGGAGAUGGUGGCCGAGGAGAAGAAACGAGCAUACAAGAAGUCUCGAGUGGCAUUGGAAGCAUGUGAUAGGGAAUUAGAAGAGAAAAGCAGGGAAGUAGCUGAAUUGCAGAUGGAGAGGCAACGGAAGAAGCAGCAAAUUGAGGAACUUGAGACCAUAAUUAGGCUGAAGCAGGCAGAGGCAGACAUGUUUCAGAUUAAGGCCACUGAAGCCAGGCGUGAAGCCGAGAGGCUGAAAAGGAUUAUGCUGGCCAAAUCUGAGAAGGCAGAGGAAGAGUAUGCUAGCAGUUACCUGCAGCAGAGACUGAAUGAGGCAGAAGCAGAAAAGCGUUGCCUAUUUGAGAAGAUCAGGCUCCAGGAAUCCUCCAGGCUAUCAGGUGGAGGUGAAUCUUCUCAGAUGCUGAUGCUCUGUAAGAUACAGGAUAUGCUUAAGAAUGUGUACAACGUGCCCCCAACCAAGGUAGAAGGGCAGAGUACUGCAUCAGGAGACCAUCAAACUAUCGGAUCAGUUCCUUAAAAGAAGUCUUGAUGAGUGAAAAACUUAAAUUUAGUGUUUUAAGCAGAAGACACUCGGUCAGUCUAAGUAUGUUGAACGCUUAAGCAAUUGCUUUUGCCAGCCGGACCAGACUCUUGUUUGAUAACUGAUAUCCGACAUUUGAGGGAGCUGAGCACCUCAUGCCUUUUGUGAUUCAGAUAGUUUUCAAGCUUCAGUAAUUGGCUGCAUGUAUCCACUUUCUGUUGGUAAAUUCUUGUAUAAUAUCUAUUGCUAGUUUUUACAUCA